GUUUACAGUCAUAAUUAUAGUAUAUUAGGAGGUGUGUUGCAAGUGUAAAAUGUGGAAAAGCUUGUUCCUUCUGGUGAUUGGAUGUUUUGUCGCUCUACGAGCUAGAAGUGUGCCGGACGGUUCGUCGGAAAUUGCGCCAAAGAAACAAUUUUGGAAAAACGGUUACGAGUACUCGACAAUACCGCUAAACGAAAAUAGCAACCACGGAAGGCGAGUUGGCUGUAAAUGUCCAUCCAAAGAGCGCUAUACCAGAAGACCUAGAAUAAGAACUGUAAUCAGAAGAAAUGAUGUCGCACUAGAAGAUCCUGAGGAGAUUAUGGAGAGUAUGCUGGAGAGAUAUUUACUGCGGGUUUUGUUAAAGAAAGGACUUUUAUCGCCACCGGCAUCUAAUAGGCAGGGCAACAUCGCCAGGAGCUUCUCUCGCACGCAAAAACAGAUACAACAGACGUUGCCUGCAUUCCAGCAUGAAAGAGCUGUAUAUUCCGAUGAGGAAAAUUACAGAAUGACUCACAAUAGUCGAUUUUACAGUCAAGAGCCGAUUCCGGGUCAGCUGCUAUAUCCUCCAAUCUCCCCGAAGUUUCAUCCGACGGCGCGAGUUUAUCCGAGUGGACCAGCGGCCAAUUUAUCCAAACCGCGUUAUGUUUCUUCCAUGCUAAUUCCACAUUUCCUGAACAAUACAAUUGCUAAACCAAACGAAAUAGUGCGAAAUAUUCUUCGGAUGAAUACGACAGAAAAGGUGAACAGCACGAUUCUCCCGAAAAGAGUUAGAUACGGUAAGAAUGCAGGAUAUAUAAAUAUAGAAAAUAUGUUUGAAAACUUCAACUCUUCAAAUAUAACUGAAGGGUAA